GUCAGCUUGCAUGACGACAGCGCGGUCCAUCACGCUCAAUUCAAGUCCUACUUGCACCGUGCCGACAAGUUCAAUACGCAUUGGACAACAUGGGAGGGCCAGACAAAAGCGUGCACUCUGAUCGGGAUCGCAAUGGCUCGGAGCCUCACAGCAUCUGCAGCAUUGAGGGCCACAGCACCGUCGAUGUUAAAACUGGGGAGUUGCUGUGGGAACCUGAAGAGCGCAAGGAGGAGGAGCCGUACACCUGCGCUCGGUCAUGCGGCUGUCCAACCCCGUUUGAUGGGCACAACAUCACGCUCAAGAGCGUGCUUCAUUGGAUCACGAGCAACCGCGUUGAAUGGCUGGCCGGCAUCACUACGGGGCUGACCGCCGUGCCCACUGCCGUGGCUUUCGCCAUUCUGGCGGGCGUGCAGCCGUCCGUGGGUCUUCGCGGAACUUGGAUUAUCAUGCUUGUGAUGGCUCUCUUUGGAGGGCGCACCGGUAUGGUGUACAGCAACUCGGGUAGCAUGGGCGUGAUCAUAGAGCCUUUUGUGGCUGAUGAAGGCACGGAGAUGGUGUUCUACGCCUUUAUGCUGGCCGGUAUCAUCCAAGUCGCGCUGGGCUUUCUAGGCGUUGCGAAGCUUCUCCGCCUGAUGCCCGUGAGCGUCAUCAUCGGCUUCGUGAACGGACUGGCCAUCGUUCUCUUCUUGGCGCAGAUGAAGAGUUUCCAGGAGGGCCUCUCUCUCGGGGGCUCUGGCGGCGACGACGACGAAGGCGACGACUCCAGGCGCCGCCUCAACAGCUUCUCGGUGUUCACUGACGGUUCCGAGUGGCUGAGCGGCUCACAGCUGUGGUACACGCUGCUCAUCGUGGUCGUCACCAUGAUCACGAUUGUCGUGUACCCCAUGCUGACCAAGAAUUUGAAGGGAACCUGGGCUGUGUUGAAGAUGCUCCCUCCUAUCCUGGUGGGUAUCAUCGUGGCUACGGCAGUGGAGUGGGUGAUCGUGCGCUUCGCAGCCGGACACGACGGGACGAGAACCUUGGAGGACAUUGCCAACGACGUCGGCUCAUUCCCACAGCCUGCGUGGUUCGACGACGAGUUUGACAUGCCUCCCCUGAACGGCAGCACGUUCGCGACAAUACUCCCAACGGCAAUCAGCCUCAUGGCCGUGGGACUUGUGGAGUCUCUGAUGACGGUCCGCUUGGUGAACGAGAUCACGCAGACGUCAUCCAACAUCCAUCGCGAGGCUAUCGUGGGCGGCGUGGGCAACUUCGUGGCCGGGGUGUUCGGCGGUCAGGGCGGGAACUCAGAAAUCGGACUCACGAUGGUGAACGUCGAGUGCGGUGGGCGGACGCGCAUCGCUGCGACAGUAUCAGGGCUUCUCGUGCUUUUCGUGGUGCUAGGGGCAUCUCCGGCGAUCAACCUCAUCCCACUGGCAGGGCUCGUGGGUGUAAUGCUCGUUAUCGCUUUCAACACGUUCGAUUGGGGGAGCACUCUGAUGGUGCUUGCAGCUGCGCUCCCGGAAAGGUAUCGCUCGCACAAGGCGGUGUUUGAGAAGAAGAUCUCGCGCGCUGACGCCCUGAUUAUUGUGGUGGUGACUGUGGCCACCCCGUUCACGAAUCUGGCCAUCGCGGUCGGCAUCGGUAUCGCCGUUGCGUGCCUCGCGUUCGUGUGGAAAAAUUCGGAGGCGGUCACCGCCCAAAGUUACUUCCGUGCAGGUUACGACGUCAAAGAUCCUGCAAUCAUUAAGGUUUACGAGAUCAUGGGCAACCUUUUCUUCGCAUCCAGCGAGACGUUCCUCAACCUCUUCGAUCACCGCAACGACCCUCCCAUGGUGGAAGUCCAUUUGCACACGGCCGAUAUCGAAGACUUCAGUGCCAUGAAGACCCUCGAGACUCUUGGAGAGCGCUAUGCGAACGCCGGCAAGAGGCUCCGCCUGCGCAGGAUAAAAAAGGAAUCUCUGCGCGUCCUGACCAAGGCCCAGGCACUCAUGUCGGAUGAUAUGGACGUCGUGAUGGACGAGGACCCGCUCGUGCCCCAAGUGUCGCGCCACCCUAAGGGCGUGGGAGAAGCCCUCAUCAUCAACUUCUUCGACAGGGACCCUUACACUCGUCGCCACAGAUCCCGGUCCAUGGCAGAAGUAGCGUACCCGUCGCCGGACGACGCUGUUGUGGCCACCGCUGUCACCAACGGCGGUGGCGUGCUGAGCACCGCCUCUGGGGACUAUGACCACGGUGGUGGCGUCCCGAGGCUCACGUCGGCUGAGGUUUAAAGACGCUAAAGGCACUGCUGCUUUGACGGCGUUCGUCGGAACGGGCGAAUGCAUGGCAAAUGUGAAAGUUGUGGUUGUGCGUUUUAUGUUUAGGUGAGCGCCGGAUUGAAAACGACGGUCGGCGCCCCUCGUGCUUUGUGUCGUGCAAAGCUUGCGGUCUAUCGCUGUCAUUGUACGCAGAUGCAUUUCUGUCUCAUACAUGUUGACCAGUUGGAUGAAUCUUGGGCGAGUCGAGGGGAAGAGAUUGAGGCGUCGGAGUCGUUUUUUGCUGCGCGUACGGCAGUGCCCUCUAUUUUUGAUUGCCUACUUUUGGAAUGCGCUGCUGCUCCUGUAAGUUUGUUUUGGGAGAAGAGAAACGACUGCACAAGUUGAUACAGGUACAGCCUCUGGCGGGCUCCACAGGUAAGUUAAUAUCGACUUUUGAAGACUGACGUUUACAUACGAGCACAAGAGCGGUUUUUGAGUGUUACAUUCGAUUUGUCGGGGGUUACGUACCUCAGAGCGACACUUGUUUGCAAUUGUGUUGUUUUUUUCUUCUUGUCAACGGGAUUUUCAGAUUUUCAUCCCUUCCUGUAUAUGGUCUGUUGCCGCAAUCUGCGCAACUGUUAAACUAUUUUGUGUUUGACUUGGAUUUGCUCGGGCGAAUGUUUUUUUUGGUGUGCUGUGCUUGGCGUGUAGAAUGAAGGGCCCGUGGUACAAUCCCGUUCCGAACCGUUGUGUAGGGCCAUCCCCUUCCAAGUGCAAUAUGAAGUGUCCCUGCUUGGGUCAUUCAAGUGGGACACGAAGUAAGAUGCGCUUGGUAAAUUGACGCUGAAGAAUAAAUACGCUGCGAGUUCGAGUGUCAGCGUCAGAAACAUUGAGGACACCUUAUUCUUCAUGUGUGCCGGAGAACGCCAACUGCGCCAGUGCGUACGUGGGUGGCUCAGACGGCGCGAUUAGAUGGGUGUUAACUGUUGACACCAUUUUUGAUUUUGGAGACAAGCAGGGAAGUGGAUCUAGGCGUUACACGGACAGUUUUGCGCUGUUGCCGUCGUGCCUUGUGUCGCGCGACGUAGGCCUGUGCUUUGAAACGCAUGGGAGGGUUGGCAAGGAUCAAGAAGGGCCAGCGGUAACUCAACGACCGGGUGGAAUGAUAGUUAUCCAUGUCGGUGGGGGAACAUUAUGCGCACCAUCAGUAAACGAGACUUUAACGAACACCACGAUCUCCUCGUGGAACGUCC